ACCUGUUCACAUUGCUUUUGGAUCAGCCCGAGUCAAGAAACAGAACACAAUGGCUCCGGUUCAUCCACUAUGGGGAUUAUGUGUCUUUGUUGCGAGCAUCAUGAUAAUCUUAUCCACUUUGGAUUCUGUAACCGCAGCUACAUAUACUUCACGAGUUCCACGUACAACACGAGUUCCGCGUACUGCACCAGUUGUUUAUACACCGAGCCCUUGGACCCUCGCCCACGCUACGUUUUAUGGGGACGAGUCUGCGGCUUCAACCAUGGGGGGUGCUUGUGGAUAUGGAAACAUUGUGACCAACGGGUAUGGAACUGAUACAGCAGCAUUGAGCUCUACAAUCUUUACAGAUGGAUAUGCAUGUGGGCAGUGUUAUCAGAUUAAGUGUGUCCAAUCUCCAUGGUGUUCCAAAGGUGUUGCUACGAUCACAGCAACAAACCUCUGCCCACCCAACUGGUCCAAAGACUCUAACGCUGGUGGAUGGUGUAACCCCCCAAGAACUCAUUUCGACAUGGCUAAGCCCGCCUUCAUGAAGAUCGCACAAUGGAAGGCAGGCAUUGUCCCUGUCCAAUACCGCAGGGUACCAUGUAGUCGGGCAGGGGGUAUCAGGUUCUCUUUCCAAGGAAAUGGUUACUGGCUGUUGACGUAUGUGAUGAACGUUGGUGGUGCUGGUGAUAUUGGCCAGAUGUGGGUUAAAGGGACCAAGACUGCAUGGAUCAGUAUGAGCCACAACUGGGGAGCCUCAUACCAAGCAUUUGCCACGCUUAAAGGUCAAGCUCUCUCUUUCAAGAUCACCUCCUACACAACCAAACAGACCAUUGUGUGUAACAAUGUCGCCCCGGCUAACUGGAACUUAGGUUUGACGUACCAGGCAAGCGUCAAUUUUCAUUAAUUAAUGUAAAUGUUACAGGUUUCAAACACCUCGUCUAACAUGUAUUAUGUUGGUUUUUGAGAGUUGCUACCUUAUAUAUUCGAAAUGAAGGAUUAUUGGUUUGGUUCGGAUAAUUUAUCGACUUUAUUCAUUGCAACAUUCGUGGUUUAAUUUGUACAAUGCAAAGUAUA